AUGGCGCCCUCAUAUGCUGGCAUGUCGGGCAGGCCACUGUCGCUGGCUGUAUCGACUGUUGCCACGAUGGGUUUCCUACUCUUUGGAUAUGACCAGGGUGUUAUGUCUGGUAUCAUCAGUGACAAUGCUUUUGCCAAGGUCUUUACUGCUACCAAAGAUGAUGCUACUAUGCAAGCUCUCGUGACUGCUGUAUACGAACUUGGUUGCUUGGCGGGUGCCAUUUUCGCCCUCCUUUUCGGUGAUCGCACUGGUCGUCGCUGGAUGAUCUUCUCUGGCGCUAUCGUUAUGAUUGUCGGUGUCAUCAUCCAGGUUACUUCAUUUAUUGGACACAUCCCUCUUCUGCAGUUCUUUAUUGGCCGUGUCAUCACCGGUAUCGGAAACGGAAUGAACACUUCUACCAUUCCUACAUACCAGGCCGAGUGCUCCAAGACGAGUAACCGUGGUCUCUUGAUCUGUAUCGAGGGUGGUGUGAUCGCCAUUGGUACCGCCAUUGCAUACUGGAUUGAUUUCGGCGCUCACUAUGGCCCCGAUGACCUUGUCUGGCGUUUUCCCAUUGCGUUCCAGAUCUUCUUUGGUCUCAUCAUCAUCAUCGGAAUGUUCUUCCUGCCCGACUCCCCUCGCUACCUUAUCUCCAAGGAUCGCAUCCAAGAGGGAGAGUACGUCCUUGCUGCGCUGGGAGGCCGCGAGGUCCACGAUCAUGAAACCCAGAUUCAGAAACAAUUGGUCAUUGACUCCAUCAGAGCUUCUGGUUCCGGUCAGAAGACGAGAUUCAGGGAUCUUCUCACUGGCGGCCGCACCCAACAUUUCCGCCGUAUGCUCAUCGGCUCCUCUUCUCAGAUCUUCCAGCAGCUCGGCGGUUGCAACGCUGUGAUCUACUAUCUCCCUGUCUUGCUGAAGGAGUCUCUGCACCAGAGCAAUGACAUGGCCUUACUGAUUGGAGGCAUUAACAUGAUUGUGUACUCCAUCUUCGCCACUUUUUCGUGGUUCUUCAUCGAGAAAAUUGGUCGUCGCAAGCUUUUCCUGGGAGGCUCAUUCCUUCAGACCAUCUCCAUGGUUAUCACAUUCGCUUGCUUGAUUCCGGGCGAUGAGCAGACCUCCAAGGGUGCUGUUUUCGGUCUUUUCCUGUACAUGGCCGCCUUCGGUGCUGCGUGGCUGCCUCUGCCUUGGCUGUAUCCCGCCGAAUUGUCUCCCAUCAAGACCAGAGCCAAGGCCAACGCUGUCUCUACUUGCAGCAACUGGCUCUUUAACUUCACUGUUGUCAUGAUCACCCCUGUCAUGGUUGCGCACAUUGGCUGGGGUACCUACCUGUUCUUUGCUGCGCUGAACGCCUCGUUCAUUCCUGUCAUCUGGUUCUUCUACCCAGAGACCGCCAAUCGCAGUCUGGAGGAGAUUGAUUUGAUCUUCGCCAAGGGCUACGUCGAGAACAUUAGCUAUGUCAAGGCUGCGAAGGAUCUUCCCAAGCUUACCGACGAUGAGAUUGAGGCCAAGGCCGCAGAGUAUGCUUCCGCUUCCGGUGACUCUCUUGACGAAAUUGAGAAGGCUCACGCUGAGCAUAACGCUGCCCAACGACUGGAGACGACCCAGUAA